UUAUUGAAAAGCGCUGAAUAAAAGGCUCCACACACACACACAAGCCAGCACACACGCGCUCACGCACACAGGGGAAAGCCUCUUGCCUGCUGAUUUAUGGAAACAAUAUGACUCUUCUGGGGACUUUCUCGGCUGAGAAAUAGUUUGUAGCUACAGUAGAGAGGCUCAAGUUGCACAAGGCAGACAACAGACAUGGAAUUCUUGUGCAUCCAGCUGUUAUCAACAGACCAAAAGUCAAGUAGCAAACAGCAUCGCAGCAACUGAGCUUAGGACAACCUGUUUUGAUAAGGAUAUACCAACAGAGCGUUCUCAAAAGGAGGAAUCCUGCUUUUGAAUCAGGAACUUAAAGAAGGAUAAGGCGAAGAGUUGGGAAAAAGCAAGUACUCGUUCUUAAAUCAAUCGGCAGUUCCCAGAUAGGAAGAAGUCAAUACCCUAGGAGCAACAACCACUCAAGAUUUGUUUCUCAUUAUGUUAUUCAUGCACACCCGGAGCACUACACUAUAAUGCACAAAUGGAUACUGACAUGGAUCCUGCCAACCCUGCUGUACAGAUCAAGCUUCCCCAUUAUCUGUCUCGUGGGCGCCCCAUCUUCAGCUUGCAAUGACAUGACCGCAGAGCAAAUGGUUACGAAUGUGAACUGCUCCAGCCCCGAGCGACAUACAAGAAGUUAUGAUUACAUGGAAGGAGGGGAUAUAAGAGUGCGAAGACUCUUCUGUCGCACACAGUGGUAUCUGAGGAUUGAUAAACGAGGCAAAGUAAAAGGGACCCAAGAGAUGAAGAACAAUUACAAUAUUAUGGAAAUCAGGACAGUGGCAGUUGGAAUUGUGGCAAUCAAAGGGGUGGAAAGUGAAUACUACCUUGCAAUGAACAAGGAAGGAAAGCUGUAUGCAAAGAAAGAAUGCAAUGAAGAUUGCAACUUCAAAGAAUUAAUUCUGGAAAAUCAUUACAACACCUAUGCAUCAGCUAAAUGGACACACAGUGGAGGAGAAAUGUUUGUCGCGCUGAAUCAGAAAGGGCUUCCAGUCAAAGGGAAAAAAACGAAGAAAGAGCAAAGAAUAGCCCACUUUCUGCCUAUGGCAAUAACUUAAUCGCAUGUGUGGUAUAUAAGAAACCAGUUCCAGCAGGGAGAUUUCUUUAAGUGGACUGUUUUCUCUCUUCUCCUCCGCCCCUCCCCCCCUUUUCUUUUUUUAAGUAACCAAGAAAGGCUGGAAAACUACUGAAAAACUGAUCAAGCUGGACUUGCGCAUUUAUGUUUAUUUUAAGAGACUGCAUUAAAGAAAGAUUUGAAAAAUGUAACACGAAAAUCAGAUUUAGUAACUGAAAGUUGUAAAAAAUUGUAAAACUGGUUGUACAAUCAUGGUGUUAGUAAUAGUAAUUUUUUUCCUUUAAAUUAAUUUACACGUAAGAGUAUGUUAGAUUUGAUUAUCUGAUAAUGAUUAUUUAAAAUAUCCCUAUCUGCUUUUAAAAUGGCUGCUAUAAUAAUAAUAAUGCAGAUUACCUUAUAUAAGAUAUGUCAGACCUAGAGGCUGCUGGAAUGAUUUGUCAGAUAAUCAAGUAAUCACUAACUAUGGAAGAUAAGCAGUAUUUGAAAUGUUUUCUCACAAAAAAUAAUAGCCCAUGAAAACUAUAAAAGUGGAAUAUUCUCAAAAAUUUUUUAUUAUGAAAUUGAAUCAUAUAGGUAGUUUUUAAAGAAGUAUAGGAUUAGAACAUGCAUGUAUCUAUUAACAGGAACAAAUUCCUCAUGUUGUUGAAAUUUAAAGAGUAUUGCUCAAAGUUUGUUUUAAAAAUUUUGUAUAUAAAAUAUCAAUAAUGAUACUGUACUUCAUCUCACUUGCCACAAAAUAAUAUUUUAUGAACCCUAAAAGUAAAACUCAGAAAUCUUUAAGUUUUGUUCAAAUAACAUAAUCUAUCUUUUGUAUAAUUCAUAUUUGAGAUGAUAGCUUUUAAUAAUGUUCUUCCCACAAGUAAUCGUGCAUUUUUUUCCCUGUGGUUACAGCAUUAAACUCUACUUUAAGUUGUAUUUGAACUUUAUUGUUUUGUUAUUUAAGUUUAUGUUAUUUAUAAAGAAAUAAUCUUAAUAAGCUGUAUCUGUUUCAUAUGCUUUCAAUUUUAAAGGAAUACCAAAACCGUCUGGCUCAACUUCAAGUUCUCCCUCCCUCUCAGGACCAACGCUAAGGCUAGUACACAGCGCUUGGUCCAGCAAAUCCUGGAUGGUGGACAAAAACGACAGCCUGCAGCGAUGCUUACAAUAGAUGUCUCGCAGGGAACAAUGCAAAAAUGUGAAACAUGUUUUGCCAUGUACUCUUGCCAAUUCAAUUGGAUCAUAUAAGUGAAAUCACAACAGAUAAAAAAAUUCAUAGAAUUUUAAGUUUUAAUAUAUUUGGGUUCAUGAGCAGAACAGUGUCAUAUUUUUAUAAUAUGCCUAUUUAAAUUAGUAAUUUUAAAAAUUACUUGGGCUCUCUGCCAGAUAAAAGAUGGCGGCAUUAAAAGUUAUUUUCCCAUUAGAUGGUAACACAAAGCCCACACAUGGUUAAACAAAGCCCAAAAUAGAGCAUAUACUUAGGGAUGUGGGGCCCUGAAUAUCAUGAAGGUUUUAGGUUAGAAAGAUACAUCUUGACUUAAUAAUUCUCCCAUUGUCAGACAUCGGCAUUACUGUAUCUGCUUACCCAAAAUAUCUGUUAUUCAAGCCAGUCUAUUUUACAUCAUUAGUAUCUGCCAAUACAUUUCUAGAUGAGCAUUCAUGAAAGGCUAAGUCAACAGAAACCACAGGCUCGUUUGAUUUUCUUGUGGUUGCAAGACACAAGAAAGACCUGCCCUCCUUAGAUAUUCUUUAGGAAGAUGCAAUGAAUGGCAUUGCCAACUACCAUCUGAUGUAAGGGUUCUUUGCAAGCUCAUGUUUCAAAAUCAGGGUUAUGUGACUAGAGCCUUGUAGUACAUCAAGGGUGGAGGAUUAUCAAUUAGAUUAGAUCAUCCAACAUCUGAAUUUAAGAAAAUUCAGAAGUAGACUAAUCUUACUAUAUUUUUAAAGGAUAAAAAAGAUGAUUUAAAAACAAAUUUAAACCAAAUAGCGAAGGUACCUCUAGGAUACUAGAGUCAUGUUAGGACCAAAUACUUGUUGUCUGUGGAGUUGCAGUUACCACCAAAUUAUACUACAUAACUGAAUUAAGCAAAAAUAAAUAUUUAGUAGUAUAUCCAUUCCUGGUAGUAUUACUCAUCACCAUUGCGAUCUUUAUAGCAGCGUCCACUUUUAAUUGUAUUUUUUCCUCAUGCAAUUGUAUUUUUAUCAUGAACAGUCUAGAAAAUAAAAUCUGCACUGCUUACACAAA